CGUACCAUUCGCGUCGCGUCUGCGAAUUCUGUGAACGGUACAAAUUCAAUGAAAUAAGAAUAGAAUACUGAUUAAUUUUGCAAGUUUAGUAACAAUGCCUUUGCCACCAUUAUUAGCUGCGCGCUUAGCGAAAAGGGGCAUACUCAAGCCUAACUCCAAUGUAGAAACAACAAACGAGAAUCCUGUCCCACAAGUGAAUGAAGAGAUAAUAGCAGAAAACUACGAUAAUAAACCAGAAGAUCAGGCAAACAAAGAACAAUUUUGGGAAGGUAUAGAAGGUGUUAAUGUAGAUCCAAUUAAGGGUCAUAAAGGAUGUCCAAAUAAAAACAAUAUUUACCACGAAUGUUCAAUCUUUUGCGUGAAAAAUUGGAAGCAAGGAAAGGUAGUUCCAGACGAUGUAUAUUUGGAGAAUAAGCGAAAGGUUUUAGAGGUGUGGCCAUUACCAUCUGGUUGGGAGGAAAUAUAUGACCCUGGACUUGGGCAACACUAUUUCUGGAAUGUCCACAAUAAUCUCGUGUCUUGGCUACCACCUGCACAUCCGAAAGCUAAUCCCACAGAGAGUGCAGCACAUCUGCGAGAAGAGAGACUGUUGAAGGAAGGUGAUGAAAGUGAUGAUAGUAGUGAGGCUUCCGACCAAGAAGUACCACAGCAACCAACUAAAGAAAAACGUCGCGAUAAACGAGAGAAGGAUAAACCAAUGGUCCAUCAUCGAGAUAAGGGUAGAUCCAGAGUUAAGGAUAAUGAUUUAGAUCCAAUGGACCCUGCGGCAUACUCUGACAUUUCUCGAGGCAGUUGGAGCGCUGGACUAGACUCACAGACUAAGACUGGUGUUGACACAACUGCUUCAGGUUCACUGUACCAAAUGAGACCUUAUCCUGCACCAGGAGCUAUUCUGGCUGCCAAUGCCAAAAAUCAACCACCCCCAUCUCCCUAGUUACUUUUAUAUUUCAUAAUGAAUAAAUGUAUGACUGUA